AUGUCUUCUCACCCCAUUGUAUACAGCUCAGAUCACACCAGCGCCGUGCUCCGCACCCACGGCUGGCGUACGGCCGCUAACUCUGCAGCAUAUCUUGUGCCCUAUCUCAAGCCCGAAAUGACUAUCCUCGAUGUCGGCUGCGGCCCAGGCAGCAUAUCCGUCGACAUAGCCAAACUAGUGCCCCACGGCCGUGUGAUAGGAGUUGAGUACACCGCUGAGCCUCUGGAGCAGGCGCGCGCCUUUGCCGCCAAGGAAGGUGUCACAAAUGCCGAAUUUCGUAUUGGUGACAUCCACGCUCUCGAGUUCCCCGACAAUACCUUCGACGUGGUCCAUGCCCAUCAGGUCCUGCAGCACGUUGCCGAUCCUGUUCAGGCGCUACGCGAGAUGUGUCGAGUGACUAAGCCCGGCGGUAUUGUGGCCGCACGCGAAUCCGCCACCCCAACAUGGUACCCAGAGUCGGCUGGCUUGAAAGCAUAUUGGGACCUUCAAACCCGCAUUGCGCAGCUCAAGGGAGGAAACCCACACCCAGGAAGCCACAUCCACGUUUGGGCACAGCAAGCAGGAUUCGAGCGAUCGCAAAUCACCUGCAGUGCUGGAACUUGGUGCUACUCCACCCCUGAGGAACGCGCGUACUGGGGUGGGACGAUGAAAGAGCGCACCCUCUCAUCUGCCUUUGCAACCAUUGCCCUGGACAAGGGUCUCGCUACGCAGGAAGAACUGAAGGACAUGGCACAAGGUUGGCAAAAGUGGAUCGAAGACGAUGAUGGCUGGUACGCGAUCCUCCAUGGUGAAAUCAUUUGUCGCAAGUGA